AUGGCUGAGCCGCCGAGCACCAUCACCACCGUCAACGGGCGCCGGUGCACCCGCGUCCGCCGCACCUCGACCCUGCUGGCUGGCAAUACGCAGACCUUGACCUCCCCUGCCACCUCGACCGCCGCCGCGCCAGGUACGCAGACCACGGCCGCGCCAGCGACGACGGUCCCUCCGCUGUCGUCGACCGAGGCCGCUUCUCCCGUCCCAGCACCCGCUGCCCCUUCGUCAUCUGCACCGACCCAACCAGACGCGUCUCAGAGCCUCUCCUCUGAGCCGCUCACGUCCGGGUCUGCCCAAACUUCAUCCGUCUCUGCUGGGCCUUCUCAGCCUUCUUCAUCCAGUUCGCCGAGGUUUGCCGUGGCCACGACGGCGACUGGGCCCGUUGCUUUUACUUCUGAUGCUUCUUCCUCGCUCGCAAGUUCUACUACUUUGAACGCUCUUCCUUCUAGCACUAUACCCGUCACCACCACCGCACAGAGCGGAAGUUCUGACACUUUGACUGCAGUCGUCUCAGUCGUCUCUUCAUCUACUUUUAUUGCUUCGCAGCCAACUUCCGAUUCUGUUUCUUCAUCUAUAGCCGGCGGGUCCAAAGGCUCCGGAUCCACGUCAGACGACGGCCAUUCGUCAAGUCACCACACCCACCAUGGUCUUUCCCCUGGUGCUAUUGCCGGCAUCGUCCUUGGCGUCGUUUUCGGCAUUGUCGCUAUUGUCGCUUUGAUUCUGUUCUGUCUCAAGAGGAGGAAGGAGAGGAGAGGGGAACUGAAUGAAAAGAGUGUAGGAGAAGGGGGCUUGGCUGGGGCUCAAGCGGCGCCACGAUCAGGUCUCGCGGCCAAAUGGGCGGCCCUCACGGCAGGGCUUGCCGCCACGGCGGGGCUGAAGCCGUCUGGUACGGAUGGUGUCUCUAGAAGGACACCAGAAUCACCUGCGUUUGAACCCGUCGCACGGUAUUCGUACAGCUCUGCGGGCUCUGCGGGCUCUACGCGUCAUUUGCGCUCUACGAGUGCUCCGGCAAGCCCACCUGCGAACCGUUUGGCGGCGUUCAAGCAAAGGUUCCAAAAACCACGGAACAUUGUCGCAGAAAGAAGAGGCCGUGCAGUGUCCACCGACAGUAUUCCGUCGUUCUAUUCUCCCACACCGCCUGUGCUGGAAGACCUUCCCGAGUCCCUCAAUCCCUUCAGAGAUCCAGUCCCCCUAUCAUAUCACGUCACCAACCCGGACGCGGAAACCCUUUCCCCCAGGAUUCAAACGCCAAAGACGCUGAUGCUCGGCGGUAAUCCAAACGAACAACAAGGCCUCUUGACACCAGGCUUAGCAAACUGGCGCCAGCCAACUCCACAGUUCGGUUUCCCAACAAAUGGAGGACCGGAGAACCCAUUCCUGGACCCAAGACAGCGAACUUCUGCUGCACGGAGAAGCAGUCUUCCCUAUCCGCCCCUGGCCAGAGUUGCCGCUCAUGCCCGCACGCAGAGUGGCAGCGCAAAGGCUUUGUCACAAGCGCGCUCAUCUUGGUAUUCCGAAGACUCAGGAUACGUUUCACCAAACCACCCUUCGGCACACGUUCCGCCUCUUCGCCCUCCCAGAAGCAAUCCGUUCGUGGACAAUCAUGCCGUUGAGCUGUCUGUUGACGCACCAUCGGAGAAAGAUUCCGCAAGCAUCUACAUCCUUCCAUCCUCGCGAGGAAACAGUGUAGACUCUGGUAGGAGUCCGCAUGGUCCUAUUCCGCUUCCAAGCUCCAGGACAUCCCUCUAUCGCUCUUCUUGGCUCAGCCCAGCGAUCUCCUCCAAUCCGAGUGGACGUAAUAGUGGAGCAAGUGGAGACUACAGCAGACGGAGGACAGCAGCGAGCCGUGAAACGCGAGGCAAGAGUGACCCAUUCGACCUUGACCGGCCUGAAGUGCUGGCUAUAACAUCCAACUAUGACCUUGGGAAAACUCCCGACUUGUCACGACAUAGCAAUGGAUCUGAAUGGUGGAAAGAGAUUAUCGAUGAGGGUACUGGAAGCGGCAGCGACUUCGACCACCCCAGCAAUCGUGCUUAUCCCUACGGGUUGGCACCUUGA